AGCGCGGAGCAGCAACGGGUCUCACCGGCAGCCCAGAGGUGUACCUCACAUCGCUCGACGGUUUUCAACCUAAAAACAGCCGCUUCGCUCGCUAAAGUGUCCAUAUCGGGGCACACGGGGAGACUCCGGACCCCUACUGGAUCUAAGGGUUUAAGUUUGUCCGCGGUGGACGGGGGGAUCCGGGUCCGAACCUCCCCGCCUCGGAGCCGCGGGCUCUGGAGGGGCUUCAAGUGGAGCAAACACCACCAACAUCUUCCUCUACUACUCAACCUGCGCACCAAGGAUAUUAAGCUACCCGUGUGGAUAUAUUGACUUGUUUUUGGUUGUUUUUCACCUGCGCGGCGGAGGGAGGCAGCGGUCAAAGAGACAAAGGUUGUGGGAGUGAGGAGGUCCAGUGGUCGGGGUCUGAGAGCCCAGGAGACCCGGGAGAGGCUUUGUCUGCCGCCAUCAAACCAGGGGAGGGGGCCGUGGUGAUUUACCACCUUUACUGGGAUUACAGAAGGAAAAAAAAAAAAAGAGGGGGGGUGUGGGAGAAAAAACACCCCCAAAACACAUCGAUAUUCCUUUGUGUAAAGGACUCAACAUGUAUCCACAAGGCCGGCAUCCGGCACCUCACCAGCCAGGGCAGCCUGGCUUCAAGUUUACUGUGGCAGAGUCCUGCGAUAGGAUCAAAGACGAAUUUCAGUUCCUACAGGCCCAAUACCACAGUCUUAAAGUGGAGUAUGACAAACUGGCCAAUGAAAAAACAGAAAUGCAGCGUCAUUAUGUCAUGUACUAUGAGAUGUCUUAUGGGCUCAACAUUGAGAUGCACAAGCAGACUGAAAUUGCUAAGCGUCUCAAUGCAAUCCUGGCUCAGAUCAUGCCAUUCUUGUCACAAGAGCAUCAACAGCAGGUGGCUCAGGCUGUUGAACGGGCUAAGCAGGUGACAAUGACUGAGCUGAAUGCUAUCAUCGGGGUACGUGGACUUCCCAAUCUGCCUCUGACUCAGCAGCAGCUUCAGGCUCAGCACCUCUCUCAUGCAGCCCACGGCCCCCCAGUGCAGCUACCCCCUCACCCUUCAGGCCUGCAGCCGCCUGGCAUCCCCUCCGUGACAGGUGCUGGCUCCGGCUUGCUGGCUCUGGGUGCUCUUGGCAGCCAGGCCCACUUACCUGUAAAGGAUGAGAAAAACCACCACGACCUGGAGCACCGAGGCCCCUCAUCUUUUCACUCGCCGCUGGCCCUUCCUCUGAAAGAACGAGAGUCCAGCACGAAUAACUCGGUGUCCCCAUCAGACAGCCUCCGGGCAGCGAGUGAGAAACACCGCAGCUCUUCAGACUACGGCCUGGACUCAAAGAAACGCAAAGUGGACGAUAAAGACAGUAUGAGCAGAUAUGACAGUGACGGAGACAAAAGUGACGACUUGGUGGUGGAUGUUUCUAAUGAGGAUCCAGCCACCCCUCGAGCCAGCCCCGCUCACUCCCCUCCUGAAAAUGGCCUGGAUAAGUCACGAGUGCUGAAGAAGGAUGCUGCCCCCAACAGCCCCGCCUCUGUUGCCUCUUCUGGCAGCACCCCGUCCUCCAAGGCGAAGGACCACGCCCAUAAUGACAAGUCGUCGACACCCAGCUUGAAGUCCAACACACCUACACCGAGGAACGAAGCCCCGACACCAGGAACCAGCACCACUCCAGGACUACGCCCUUUAACGAUGGGAAAACCACCCGGCAUGGAGGCACUAACUGCCCCAGCCCUGCGCACGCCUCUAUCCAUCGCUGGCUCUUACGCCACUCCGUUUGCAAUGAUGGGUCAUCAUGAGAUGAACGGAUCCCUGACCAGUCCAGGCGUCUAUCCAGGUCUCAUUUCACCACAGAUGAGUGCUGCUGCGGCCGCCGCCUAUGGACGCUCACCAAUUCCAGGGUUUGACCCUCAUCCUCACAUGAGAGCUCCAGGCCUGCCAGCAAGCCUCACGUCGAUGUCUGGAGGAAAGCCAGCUUAUUCUUUUCACGUAAGUGCGGAUGGUCAGAUGCAGCCCGUGCCUUUCCCUCCAGAUGCACUGAUUGGCCCGGGCAUCCCGCGUCACGCUCGCCAGAUCAACACUCUGAGCCACGGGGAAGUGGUGUGCGCUGUCACCAUCAGUAACCCCACGCGUCACGUCUACACCGGCGGCAAGGGUUGUGUCAAAAUCUGGGACAUCAGCCAACCGGGCAGCAAGAGUCCAGUUUCCCAACUCGACUGCCUGAACAGAGACAAUUAUAUCCGCUCCUGCAAGCUGCUGCCCGACGGCCGCACCCUAAUAGUGGGUGGUGAGGCCAGCACGCUGACCAUCUGGGAUCUGGCCUCACAGACGCCUCGCAUAAAGGCCGAGCUCACGUCCUCUGCUCCUGCCUGUUACGCUCUGGCCAUCAGUCCCGAUGCCAAAGUCUGCUUCUCCUGCUGCUCCGAUGGAAACAUAGCUGUGUGGGACCUUCAUAACCAGACUCUCGUCAGGCAGUUCCAAGGCCACACAGAUGGAGCCAGUUGUAUCGACAUCUCCCAUGACGGGACCAAACUGUGGACGGGAGGGCUCGACAACACAGUUCGCUCCUGGGAUCUGAGGGAGGGACGACAGCUCCAGCAACACGACUUUACCUCACAGAUCUUCUCAUUGGGCUACUGUCCCACUGGGGAAUGGCUGGCCGUGGGUAUGGAGAGCAGCAACGUGGAGGUGCUGCACCACACCAAGCCUGACAAGUACCAGCUACAUCUGCAUGAAAGCUGCGUCCUCUCGCUCAAGUUCGCCUACUGUGGUAAAUGGUUCGUGAGCACAGGGAAAGAUAAUCUGCUGAAUGCAUGGAGGACUCCUUAUGGUGCCAGCAUAUUCCAGUCGAAGGAGUCGUCCUCUGUUCUGAGCUGCGACAUUUCAGCAGAUGACAAAUACAUUGUAACAGGGUCUGGAGACAAGAAGGCCACCGUCUACGAGGUCAUCUACUAGAGAGGAGGCUCCUGCUCUGCUUCAGCACUUAACUGGGACAAUUUUUAUAAACUUCCCCCUGACCAAAAGUGGACUACAGUGGAUUGAAGCAGACGAUGCAUUUCUCAAAUAUUUUAUUUGUUGAACUAAGGAUGCUCAUACUGGAACAUCAACUUUUUGAUCCUUUUGUUUUACAGUUGCACAUUUUUGUGAGUUCUGAAAUUUGUUUCGCUUGGAUUAUCUGGAUGUAACCCAGUGAAGCAGAGCUUCAUUUUUGAGGAGCUCAAUCCCCAGACAUUGUGUGCAAAGUGUACAUAUCGAUUAAAUAAGACAUUUUAUAUAUAUAAAACGUAAAUAUAUAUAUAUAUUUUCAUGUCCUGGGUGUACUUGUGAUAGUUUUGGCCCACUCUCUCAUGAAUGGGAGACAAGACUUCUUUUUUUUUUUUUUUUUUAAACAAUACUAUUUCUACUCUGAUCUUAAAGCACAGUCGGCAGGCUUUGCUUUCCAGAAAACAAAUGGAGCAGCAGGAAUCUUGAAAUUUAGUGUACUUUGUGGAGAUUUUAAAAUUGCCUUUGUCACAGUGCUCUUACGUGGACGAUGAAAACGUGGAUGAAUCUUCAACCCUCUGACUCAGAUGGAGCGUUGGCUGGAUUUGGACCACUGUGGGAUCAAAUGGGACACAAUGAUUCAGAAAAGAGACGGAUGUAAAUUUCUUCUCAUAUGUAUAAAAAAAAACUAACUAGUGUACUGGUCUGUCUGUGCUUUCCUUCAUUUGUUUUGCCUUGUUCAGUUGUGUGAGAUGGGGAUGUUAAAGUUUAGCCUAACCCUUGGACCUCAGAUUGCAACAGGCACUUACUGUGUGCUUUUGCUAACUUGACGUAAUGUGGAUGUUGAGUUGUUUCACUAAUUUCUAGUCCGAAUAAACUCCAACAGUCCAUUCUGUGCCAUUGGAAUCGCUCUACUCUGUAUCUCAUCAAUAUUCCUGGAAUACGGCUGUGACGGGGAAGCAGGCAGAUGCAACACACACACACAUGCUCAGUGCCUGUAAAUGCUCGUGAGGACUCGGAUGUAAACAGAAGUAAUCAAGUUGUAUGGUGAAUAAUUCUGGUUUGUACACUGUGCUCUUGAUCCUGUCGGCAUUUACCACCACAAGAUUUUAAAAAGGCUAAAUGCACCUCUAAAUCACACCAAAGUAUGUAGCAAAUGCUGUAAGCACUGAAAACAAAUGUACAGUUGUUAAUAAAUCAAUAAAACUGUUGUUUUUUUUCUAAA